AUGUCAAGGCGGGGUCCACCGAACACCAGCAGCAGCCAACACAAGGUGACAGUUUUUGGCUCAGCCUGGCCUUGUCUCCUGUCAGUGGCAAACCUGCUGAACCAGCUCAGUGGUGCCAUACCCCAGAUAACAUCGAACAAGGACGAGCAUGCGACGCCCAGUCCCGACGAUGAGGAACUUGGAAGCCUGAUUCUGUUUGUCUCUGUGGACCUGUAA